CGUCGACCAUGUCAGAGACCUAUCGGUGCCCAAAUGGCACCUCCACUACUUUCCAAGGAUACUGCCGACAUCGAGGCCUUACUAGCACUGAACCCAAGAGUGAACCACCUUGCAAAGGUGGUUCCCAGCUACGAAACCAAGAUGAACAAGCAUAACUGGAAAAGGAACGCGGGAAAAAAUUGCGAGUCAUGUAGCCCUGAUCUAGCAAAUGACUUCAGAGAUAUCAAGCAUACAACCCUUAGUGAACGUGGAGCGCUACGCGAAGCUUUGCGGUGCUUGAAGUGUGCCGAUGCGCCAUGUCAGAAGAGCUGCCCAACCCAACUCGAUGUUAAAGCAUUCAUAACAAGUAUCUCAAAUAAGAAUUAUUAUGGUGCAGCUCGUCAGAUUCUCAGCGACAAUCCUCUCGGCUUAACUUGUGGCAUGGUCUGCCCAACAUCAGAUCUCUGUGUUGGUUCAUGUAACCUGCAUGCAAGCGAAGAGGGUGCCAUCAACAUCGCAGGUCUGCAGCAAUUUGCUUGCGAGGUAUUCAAGAAAAUGAAUGUUCGCCAAAUUGUGUCGAGGGAAGUGCGACAAACCAGAAACGAAUCGCACAGAUGUGGCCCAGCUUCCAUAUCGUGUGCGUCUUUCUUGGCCAGACUCGGCUACACUGACAUCACGAUAUACGAAAAACAGCAAUACGUUGGAGGUCUAAGCUCGUCGGAAAUCCCACAAUUUCGGUUGCCAUACUCCGCAGUAGAUUUUGAAAUUCAACUUGCUCGUGAUAUCGGAGUAAAGAUUGAGACUGGUCGCGCUCUACACAAAUCCGACAUCACUCUCGAAAAACUCAAGGUCAGCGGAGUGAAAGCAGUUUUCAUCGGUAUCGGAAUGCCGGAACCUAAAAGGAUUCCUAUCUUCGAUGGAUUAACAGAAAACCAUGGGUUUUACACAAGCAAGGAUUUUUUGCCCAAAGUAGCAGCGGCAAGUAAAAUAGGCUUGUGUGGAUGUUCUGGGACCCCACUUCCGUCACUUAAAGGACGAGUCCUUGUACUUGGAGCCGGUGACACUGCUUUCGACUGUGCAACUUCCGCUCUUCGAUGUGGAGCAAAAAGAGUAAUUGUGGUGUUUCGUAAAGGAAUAACUGGAAUCCGAGCCGUGCCAGAGGAGAUGGAACUUGCUCGUGAGGAGAAGUGUGAGUUCAUGCCAUUCUGUGCACCUAGAGCGGUGAACGUGAAAGAUGGUAAGAUCGUAUCAAUGCAGUUUGUGAAGACCGACCAAGACUCGGAUGGAAAAUGGUACGAGGAUGAGGAGCAGACGAUCACUGUUAAAGCAGACUAUAUUAUUUCUGCAUUUGGAUCAGCACUUCUCGAUCCAGAAGUUGUGUACGCCAUGUCUCCUCUCAAACUGAUCAAAUGGGGAAUACCGGAAGUUGAUAGUUCGACACAAGCAACGAGCGAGCCUUGGGUAUUUGCCGGUGGAGAUAUUGCUGGUGUUGCUGAAACCACUGUCGAGUCUGUUAACGACGGAAAGGUAUAUUCCCUGAGAUAUACAUUUGUCGAUAUAUCAGUGGAAAUGUGCGGUGUUAAGUUUGAACAUCCAUUUGGACUAGCAUCAGCCCCUCCUACAACAUCUGGACCGAUGUGUCGCCGAGCUUUCGAACAGGGAUGGAGCUUCAUAUUGACCAAGACAUUUGGGCUUGAUAAGGAUCGUAUAACUAAUGUGUCUCCACGGAUUGUUAGAGGAUCGACUAGUGGACCUAUCUACGGUCCUAACCAGGGGUCAUUUUUGAAUAUAGAAUUGAUUUCGGAAAAGUCAGCAGCCUAUUGGCUAAGUUGCAUAAGGGAACUGAAACAGGAUUUUCCGGAGAAAGUUGUGGUUGCCUCGAUUAUGUGCACAUUUGAUAAGGACGAUUGGACGCUUUUGUCGAAGCAAUGCGAAGACGCUGGUGCCGACUUUCUUGAGCUAAAUCUUUCGUGUCCACAUGGAAUGGGAGAAAAAGGCAUGGGACUCGCAUGUGGGCAGGAUCCAGAAAUUGUGAGGGCAAUUUGCACGUGGAUAAAGGAAGCAGUGAAGAUACCUUUUUUUCCGAAAAUGUCGCCUAAUAUCACGGAUAUCCGGAUGAUAGCACGAGCAGCAAAAUCAGGAGGAGCAAACGGUGUGACUGCCACUAAUACUUUAUCAGGCCUCAUGCACUUGAGAGCCGAAGGAACUGCUUGGCCUUCAGUUGGAGAGGAGAAAAAAACUACUUAUGGUGGAGUGUCUGGCUCAGCUAUUCGACCAAUUGCUCUCAGAGCUGUGGCUGCUAUAGCAAAUGAUCUAAAAGGUUUUCCUAUUAUGGCUACUGGUGGGAUAGAAAGUGCAGAAACAGGUCUAGCGUUCCUGAAUGUCGGAGCAUCUGUUUUACAGGUGACGAACAUUCUAAAACACGUAGUUUGCGGUGGGCUUGAACUUGCUAUAACCCUUUCCGGAGACUAA